UCUUCACAAACGUUUUGUGAGGACUUUAUAAAUUCAAUAUAUAAACAUUGCGGCUGUUGGUCUCAUAAUGUAAAAUGGACGAAUUGCAGAAGCUGGAAUACUUGUCCCUGGUGUCAAAAAUCUGCACGGAGCUUGACAAUCACUUGGGAAUUAAUGACAAGGAUUUAGCUGAAUUCAUCAUCGAUUUGGAACACAAAAAUCGCAGCUACGAUGCGUUUCGCAAGGCGCUACUGGAAAACGGGGCCGAGUUUCCCGAUUCUCUGGUGCAAAACUUGCAGCGAAUUAUCAAUUUAAUGCGACCCAGUAGACCUGAAUACGAUGCAAAAAUUACGGCUGGCGAGGAUAGCAAGGAAGAUAAAAAAUCGCAGCUAAAGAAAAUGUUUCCCGGCUUAGCUCUACCCAAUGACAAAUUCAGCUGCAAAAUGGACGAGGACGAACAGAAUAAAGAAAAAGAGUCAAAGCAGAAGUUGGCAAUAAAUAAGAACGAUAUGAGCGACGUUGAUGCCGCCAUGCUGGAGCUAGAGGCUCUGGAACCUGGCGAGCGAAAAGAGGAGUCAGUAAAAGAGAACAGUAGGAGCUCACGGGACCGCCACAAACGCAAAGAACGCAGUCGAAGUCGCGAGAGAGACCGUGAUCGGAAUCGAGACAGGGAUCGAAAGAGGGAGAGUGAUCGGCAUAGAGAACGAGAAAAGGAUAAUCAGAGAGAAAGAGAACGAGAAAGGGAUAGAGAACGGGAUAAGGAACAUCGUCGGCGGCGCAGCAGAUCUCGAGAAGAACGCGAUCGCGAUCGUGACCGCGACCGUGAUCGUGACCGUGAUCGUGACCGCGACCGUGAUCGUGAUCGUGACCGCGACCGUGAUCGUGAUCGUGACCGCGACCGUGAUCGUGACCAUGACCGUGACCAUCGCAAACGCCGCUCUAGCUCACGAGAGCGGCAGGACAGACACGAGCAACGUAGACGACGCUCCCGUUCCCGAUCUCCUGAACGCAGCACCCGCAAUCAGCAGCAGGAGAAAAUGCCACCGCCAGCAACUGGGAUGAGCGAUGAUCCAGAGGUGGGCAAGAUUUACUCCGGCAAGGUGGCGAACAUAGUCCCAUUUGGUUGCUUCGUGCAGCUAUUUGGUGUGCGCAAGCGUUGGGAGGGUCUGGUACACAUCUCGCAGCUACGCGCCGAGGGACGUGUCACCGAUGUGACUGAGGUGGUGGCACGAAAUCAGACAGUAAAAGUGAAGGUCAUGUCGCUAGCGGGUCAAAAAGUAUCACUGUCAAUGAAGGAGGUGGAUCAAGAAACUGGGCGCGAUCUCAAUCCAUUGUCACAUGCACCCGAGGAGGAUGAAUUGACAUUGCGGGAUCGAAAUCCUGAUGGACCUUACAACAGCACCUCCUCCAUGCUAAAUCUGCAGGGCAACAACAUUGAUGGCGAUGAGCACGAGUCACGCAAGCGAGUGACGCGCAUCUCCAGUCCAGAGCGAUGGGAAAUCAAGCAAAUGAUCAGCUCGGGUGUGCUGGACCGUAGUGAAAUGCCCGAUUUCGAUGAAGAGACAGGCCUUUUGCCCAAGGAUGAGGACGACGAGGCGGACAUUGAAAUAGAAAUCGUAGAAGAGGAGCCACCCUUCCUCUCCGGGCAUGGACGAGCAUUGCAUGACUUGUCUCCCGUGCGAAUAGUUAAAAAUCCAGAUGGCUCGCUUGCCCAAGCAGCGAUGAUGCAGUCCGCUUUGUCUAAAGAGCGGCGUGAGCAGAAAAUGUUGCAGCGGGAGCAGGAGAUGGAAGCAGUGCCUAGCAAUCUCAACAAGAACUGGAUCGAUCCGCUACCCGAAGAUGAUUCUUCACGCCACCUGGCGGCCAAUAUGCGCGGUAUGGGUGCUGCUCCACAAGAGGUACCCGAGUGGAAGAAGCACGUCAUCGGUGGCAAGAAAUCUUCCUUUGGCAAAAAGACCGAUCUGACUCUCAUCGAGCAACGCCAAUCUCUUCCCAUUUACAAGCUCCGUGACGAUCUCAUCAAGGCCGUCACGGAUAACCAGAUUCUGAUUGUAAUUGGCGAGACGGGGUCCGGCAAGACCACACAGAUCACGCAGUAUCUGGGCGAGUGUGGGUUCACGGCCAGGGGCAAGAUUGGAUGCACCCAACCACGUCGUGUGGCUGCCAUGUCCGUGGCUAAGCGAGUGGCCGAGGAGUUUGGCUGUCGCCUGGGCCAGGAGGUGGGCUAUACAAUACGUUUUGAAGACUGUACCAGCCCGGAGACAGUAAUCAAGUACAUGACGGACGGCAUGUUGUUGCGCGAGUGCCUAAUGGAGGCGGAGCUUAAGUCGUAUUCUGUCAUCAUGUUGGAUGAGGCUCACGAGCGCACGAUCCACACGGAUGUGCUUUUUGGACUGCUGAAAACAGCCGUACAAAAGCGUCCUGAAUUGAAGCUGAUUGUCACCUCGGCCACGUUGGAUGCGGUCAAGUUUUCGCAGUAUUUCUUUGAAGCCCCUAUUUUUACGAUACCCGGACGCACGUUUCCCGUGGAGGUGUUGUAUACUAAGGAGCCAGAGACGGACUAUUUGGACGCUUCGCUCAUAACUGUGAUGCAAAUCCAUUUACGUGAACCGCCUGGCGACAUACUGCUCUUCCUAACGGGUCAGGAGGAGAUUGACACCGCCUGUGAGAUACUCUACGAGCGCAUGAAAAGCUUGGGUCCAGAUGUGCCCGAGCUAAUCAUAUUGCCUGUGUAUUCGGCUCUUCCCUCCGAGAUGCAGACCCGAAUCUUUGAUCCAGCGCCGGCGGGCAGUCGCAAAGUGGUGAUUGCCACAAAUAUAGCUGAAACAUCGCUCACUAUCGAUGGCAUCUUCUAUGUGGUUGAUCCCGGCUUUGUAAAACAGAAGGUUUACAAUUCCAAGACGGGCAUGGAUUCCCUAGUGGUUACGCCCAUCUCCCAGGCCGCUGCCAAACAACGUGCCGGCCGUGCUGGACGUACGGGACCUGGGAAAUGUUAUCGCCUUUAUACGGAGCGUGCCUAUCGGGAUGAGAUGCUGCCAACGCCUGUGCCGGAGAUCCAACGUACGAAUCUUGCAACAACAGUGUUGCAGCUGAAAACAAUGGGCAUCAAUGACUUGCUGCAUUUUGAUUUUAUGGAUGCCCCUCCCGUGGAGUCAUUGGUCAUGGCAUUGGAACAGCUGCAUUCGCUCUCUGCGCUCGAUGACGAGGGUUUAUUGACACGCCUUGGUCGUCGUAUGGCAGAGUUUCCUCUCGAGCCAAAUCUAUCGAAAAUGCUCAUCAUGUCUGUCGCACUGCAGUGCUCGGAUGAGAUCCUCACCAUUGUAUCUAUGCUCAGCGUACAGAACGUGUUCUACAGACCCAAGGAUAAGCAGGCGCUGGCCGAUCAAAAAAAGGCCAAGUUUAACCAAGCAGAGGGUGAUCAUCUAACUCUGUUGGCGGUCUAUAAUAGCUGGAAGAACAACAAGUUCUCGAAUGCCUGGUGUUAUGAGAAUUUCGUGCAAAUCCGUACACUGAAACGUUCCCAGGAUGUGCGGAAGCAACUGCUCGGCAUCAUGGAUCGCCAUAAGCUGGACGUUGUUUCUGCGGGAAAAAAUUCGGUGCGCAUACAAAAGGCCAUAUGUUCUGGCUUCUUUCGUAAUGCGGCCAAAAAAGAUCCACAAGAAGGCUAUCGGACCCUGGUCGAUUCACAAGUGGUUUAUAUACAUCCUUCAAGCGCGCUAUUCAAUCGGCAACCCGAAUGGGUUAUCUACCAUGAGCUGGUGCAAACGACAAAAGAGUAUAUGCGUGAGGUAACUACCAUUGAUCCUAAAUGGUUGGUGGAGUUUGCGCCAUCCUUUUUCCGCUUCUCUGAUCCCACCAAGCUCAGUAAAUUCAAGAAGAAUCAACGAUUGGAGCCGCUGUACAACAAGUACGAGGAGCCAAACGCGUGGCGUAUAUCACGCGUACGUCGCCGCCGUAAUUAAUCAGCUCAAUUUGUGCAGUCAGUUUCUUUUUGUAUUCAAUAAAAGCUAAGUAACAAUAAAAAUAA